AUGCCGAUUCAGGAGCAAAGCGUGCAGCUUUUCUGUGGCUCACUGCUUCCUCCCUGCGCCUGCGUCAUCCUCGCAAUGGCCGGCUCCAAACUGUGGUGGUGGAGGAGGAGCAGACCGCUGGUGAAGCUCACGACUACGAGGACGUCCUGGACGCCUCCUGGGUCGACAACUGCCACACUUACACAACGCUGCUGCCGUCCCUCCCCCGCGAUCUGA